CUCCUGUGAGUCAAGAUAUAUAUGAAUCUAUUAAAGGAUGGUGGUCUGCACCACUUUUACCUAAAAAUAAAAAACAAGCCCCAAAGGCCAAAUUUACUGGGAGAAAUAAAAUAAAAGAAAACUCUCAUGGGAUUUCUUAUGUAACUGGAAAAUUUAAAAGUAUUUCCAUAAAAGCAAGUUUAUUAUUAAUUUCUCUAGAAGAACCAAAAUUUGAUAAAUCUGAUAUUGGUGUUAAAUAUAUACUAAAGGAGG